AUGGGACUACCCGCCUCCCCCACCGGGCCCAUCCAACUGGGCAAUCUGAUUACUUCGCUGCAGAAACCCGAACAGCCCCUCUUUACUGCAGCCUUACCGACUGAGUCGGAGAUAUUUUCAUCUGAUAAGCAUGAUGCCACUUUCUCGCGCGAGCGCAUGCGGGCGGGGAAGUUUGGAAUCCUCACUCAGUUUCUCUCGGUCCUUGGGUUUGGGAUUGAUAUCGAGGGAGGGUUAGAAAAAAGUGACGAGGAGACCUUCCGCUUCGAGACCAUCACCACUACACAAUUUGUGCCUCGUCCCGCCUACGUCCAGGAAAAAUGUAUCGAUGCAUCACCCGUGGUACAAAGGUGGUUGGAGCGUUCUCGCUAUAGAAAGCCGCUGUAUCUCAUCGUUGGAUUGAAGAUUGUCCACGGGGCAAAGACGGGCCGGUCGCAGACAGGGCGGGGGAUCAGCGGCAAUAUCGAAGCCACGGUGGAUGGGACUGUUUGGAGCGGUGGCGCAGUUCCUAUAUCUGGGGGACCCAAGAUUGGAGCCACCCAUUCGAGGAAGGCUGGUGUCCACUGGGAGGAUGGUGGGGAUUUUGUCCUCGCGUUCCGCGUGAAGAAAGUCAAGGUGUCGAGGAAGACGAAUGAGGCCCGGGAGGCGGAGGAUUAUAAGAAGGGUGCUAUGCUGGGAAAUGAGCCCGAUAUGGAGGAAGAGCCUAAGGCAAAUCUCAUUCUUGAGGAGGAAGAGUUGGUUGUUCAAGAUGGUGAUGGGGGUUGGACAAAAAUGCAACUGGAAGAAGGGGACGAGCUGAUAACGGUGGGUGUGCCGCGAUCCGGCGGUGCAGAAAGUCUUCAAUAA